AUGCUGCUCCCUGCCCUCCUCUCUGGGACGGCAUGGGCACUGGCUAAUGGGCGGUGGUGUGAGCGGACAGAGACCAUCCUGGUGGAGGAGGAAGGAAGUCCCCGUCAGGAGGACCUGGUGACCAGACUGAACGUCGCAGGCCAUUCCCAGGGAUGGGGCUGAACACUAACAUCUUCUCCCCUCCCCCUACCUGGUGGACCCAGGGCCCCGGAAACCAGGCCUGCUGCAUGGAACCUGACCGUGAGGGCUUGCUGCCCAGGCUGGGGGGGCACCCACUGCACCCUGGCCCUUGCCGAAGCCAGCCUUGAGGGCCGCUGCUUUGCCACAUGGCUGUGCCAGCCGAGGGCAGGCUCAGCUAACGCUUCUGUGGGAAGCCUGGAGGAGUGCUGUGCCUGGCCUUGGGGACACAGCUGGCGGGAUGGCCGCUCCCAGCCCUGCCACAGCCGCUCCAGCCACAAACUCCCCGGUGGGUCCACAGACCCACCUGCGGGAAAGGCUGCAGCCCAGGAUGUGUGCCAUCAGCUGCUGCACGGUCCAUGCAGGGAAGGCCAUGCCCAGGUGCCCCCUGCUGAGUACCACGAGGCCUGCCUCUUUGCCUACUGUGCUGCGGCCCCAGCGGGCAGUGGGCGGGAGGAGCGGCUGGAGGCCGCGUGCCCCACCUUGGCCAGCUACGCCCAGGAUUGUGCGGCGCGGCGCAUCCACGUGCGCUGGAGGAAGCCCGGCUUCUGCGGUAGGGCUCCCGCCUCGCCUGUGCCUGGGGGCCGGCUGUGCUCGGACUGCGCCUCGGCCUGUCCGCCCAGAUGCUCGGCAGUGGGCGAGUGGGGCGAGGGGUCCUGCGGGGAAGAGUGCGUGAGCGGCUGCGAGUGUCCGCCCGGCCUCUUCUGGGACUGCGCCCUCUGUGUGCCUGCCGCCCGCUGGCCCUGCUACCACCGACGCCGGCGCUACGGCCCCGGUGACACCGUGCGCCAGCUGCGCAGCCCGCGCGUUGGCCAGGACGGCCGCUGGCUCUGCGCGCAGGCGCCGUGCCCCGCCGAGGCCGCGGUGGGCGGGGCCGGGCAUUACCUCACCUUCGAUGGGCGGAGCUUUUCCUUCCGCGGCCGCACGGGUCGCCGCUUCAGCCUGGUGCAGGACUUCGUAAAGAGGCAGCUACUGAGUGUACUGGAGCACGGGGACUGCAACGCUGGGAGCCGCCUCCACGCCAUCUCGGUCUCCCUGGGGGACACCCACGUCCAGCUCAGGGACUCAGGAGCAGUACUGGUGGACGGGCAGGAUGUGGUCUUGCCCUGGAGCAGCACUGGGGGCCUCAGCGUCUCCCACACCUCUUCCACUUUCCUGCUGCUGCGCUGGCCUGGGGCCCGCGUCCUCUGGGGAGCGUCUGACCCUGCAGCCUACAUCACCCUGGACCCCCGCCAUGCCCUCCAGGUGGCCUGGAACCAGCAGGAUGACUUCCUGACUCCUGCUGGCGACGUGGAGACCAGCAUUGCCGCCUUUGCUAGCAAGUUCCAAGUGGCAGGCGAGGGAAGGUGCCCCUCGGAGGGCAGCGCCCCACUUUCCCGCUGCAGCACCCACACUCAGCGUCACAUUUUCGCGGGGGCAGCCUGUGCCAUCUUGCAUGGCCCAGUCUUCCAGGCGUGCCACGGGCUGGUGGACAGGCCGUUCCACCUGCGCUGCCUGACCGCUGUGUGUGGCUGCACCCCCGGCAGGGACUGCCUGUGCCCCGUGCUCGCUGCCUAUGCUCGGCGCCGUGCCCAGGGGGGUGGCCUGCUUUCCUGGAGAGACCAGACCCUCUGCCCUGUCCUGCGUCCUGGUGGCCAGGAGUACCAGGGGUGUGCCCCAGUGUGUGGUCGGAGCUGUGGGGAGACUGGAGGCUGUGGGGAGCUGGGCAGCUGUGUGGCCGGUUGUAAUUGCCCCCUGGGGCUGCUUUGGGACCCUGAGGGCCGGUGUGUGCCCCGCGGCUCAUGCUCCUGCCAGCUUGGGGCCCAUGGCUAUGCCCCUGGCAGUGCUACCCUGAAGGACUGCGACCGCUGCAUCUGCCAGGAGAGGGGCCUAUGGAAUUGCACUGCUCAACGCUGCGCCCCACCACGGGCAUUCUGCCUCCGUGGGCUCGUCUACGUCCCUGGUGCCUCCGUCCUCACCUGUGACAGCCCCAGUGCCAGUGGCUCCUGCCCCCCAGGCAGCAUGGGGGGCUGUGUCUGUCCCCCAGGAACCGUGCUGCUGGAUGAGGGCUGCAUACCUCCCGAGCUCUGUCCCUGCCGUCACCGUGGGCAGUGGUACCCGCCCAACGCUGCAGUGCAGGAGGACUACAACAUUUGGGCGUGCCAGGGUCGGCAGUGGCGCUGCAUGGGCCAGCGGUGCGAUGGACGGUGCCAGGCAUCAGGCGACCCCCACUAUGUGACAUUCGAUGGGCUGGCCCUCACCUUCCCCGGGGCCUGCGAGUAUCUGCUGGUGCGAGAGGCCAGCAGCCGUUUCACAGUCUCUGCCCAGGACGUGCCCUGCGGGGCCAGCGGCCUCACCUGCACCAAGGUGCUGACCGUGCGGCUGCAGAGCACCGUUGUGGACAUGCUGAGAGGCCAGGCAGUGACAGUGAAUGGGGUGAGUGUAACGCCCCCCAAGGUCUACACGGGCUCCGGGGCUGAGGCUGCGCCGUGCUGGCCUCUCUCUGCUCUCACCACCUGCCUGGGCCUCACCCUGCUCUGGGAUGGAGGCACCCGGGUCCUGGUGCAGCUGUCCCCCGAGCUCCGCGGCCGGGUGGCUGGGCUGUGUGGAGACUUUGGUGGAGACGCCAGUAAUGACUUUCGGAGCCGCCAGGGAGUCCUGCUGGACCCCACGGCUGAACUGGCUGCCCACGCCUGGUGCCUCAAUCCGCCGCCCCCCUGCGCCGUGAACGCCCACCGGGCCGGCUGGGCCCGCGCCCACUGCGGGGUGAUGCUGCAGCCGCUCUUUGCCCGGUGCCACGCGGAGGGGCCCCCAGAGCAGCACUGCGAGUGGUGUGUGCAUGACACCCGCGGAGGUGAUUCAGGGGGCGCCUGUGAGUGUCUCUGCUCGGCCAUCGCCACCUACGGCGAGUGUUCCGGCGGGAUCCACGUGCGCUGGCGCAGCCGGGACCUCUGCCCUCUGCAGUGUGAAGGGGGCCAGGGGUAUGAGGCCUGUGGCCCAUGCGUCCCCCCCCUCACCUGCCACGACCACGGUCCUGAGCCUGGGUGGCACUGCCAGGCCGUUGCCCGUGUGGAGGGCUGCUUCUGUCCUGAGUGGACUCUGCUGCACUGAGGAGUCUGCCUCGAGCCGGCUUCCUGCCCCUGCGAGUGGCGAGGCAGCUUCUUCCCCCCGGGCACCGUACUGCAGAAAGACCGUGGCAACUGCACGUGCCAGGAAAGCCAGUGGCUUUGUGGGGAUGGCGGUAGCCGCGGUGAGGAGCCGGUGCCUGGCUGUGCCGAGGGGGAGGCCCCGUGCCAGGAGAGCGGGCACUGUGUGCCCCACGGGUGGCUUUGUGACUGUGGCGAGGGCUCAGACGAGGAGGGCUGUGCCACCCCAGGCCGUGGGGAGGGGCAGGUGUCUUGCAGCUCCGGCCACUGCCUGCCCCUGGCCCUGAUCUGUGAUGGGCAGGACGGCUGUGGAGACGGGACGGAUGAGCAGGGCUGCCUGUGCCAGGACUCGCUGGCCUGUGCCGACGGCCGCUGCCUGCCCCCCGCCCUGCUCUGCGAUCGGCACCCUGACUGUCGGGGCGCUGCUGACGAGGAGUGCUGUCGCGGGCAAGUGAACUGCACCCCUGGGGGGGUGUCGUGCGUCGAUGGUGCCGGCGUGGACCGAAUCUGCGCCUGCCCAGGUGGAGCCGACGAGGGGCCUGGGCACUGCCCGCUCCCCCAGCUGGUAGGGGGCCGGAGGGGCCUGGAGGGGGAGCGGAGCCGGAGGCGGUGGAAGGGCCCGGCGGCCUGCAGGCAUCCCCGGGGCGGGGGCCGGGGGGCGCCGGGGUGGGGCGCGGACGCCCCCGCAGCGCCGCCCUGCGGCCUCUUCGCGAGCGGCGGCAGCGGCGAGGGCGGCCCGCGGGGCUGGCGCUGCGACGGCGAGGAGGACCGCGCCGGCGGCGGCGACGAGAGCGGCCCGCUCUGUGUGGCCCCCGCGCAGCUGUCCCCACGGCUCGGACGGGGAGCCCGGCGCCUGCGGCCACGCGCCCAGCGGGCGGGGCGCCCUCUCCUCCCGCCCCCACCCGACGGACCUCCGCCGCCUGUGGGUUUUGCCUCAUACACCCCUCCCAUGCCUUCGGCUCCCCCGCCCGCCUCUGCGGGCUCCACCCAGCUGCCCCCCCCACCCCGCCGCAGCCUCUGCCCCUGUGGUUUGGCUCCCCAGCUGUGCCUGAACCCUGGGCGGCUCUGCGACGGGCUCCCCGCCCAGUCUCCCGGUGCUGCGGCGCUGCCCGGGCCCCGAGCACCAGACUCAGGCCUGCUUCACGGCCGCCUGCCCAGGGGCACCGUGCUGCCUGGGGACCCUCCCAGCGCCCGCCAGACCAGGGCGCUGGGCUGGACACCCUGGGGUCCCCGGUCCGCCUGCUCCCGGAGCUCCCUAGUCCCUGGAGGGGAUCCAGGCUGGCACAGCCGUUCCUGGCUCUGCCCCAGCCCUGGGGACACGUCCUGCCCAGGAGAGGCCACCCAGGAGGAGCCCUGCAGCCCCUCUGUGUGCCCAGCACCCGGCGUCUGGGGUCUGUGGGCCACCUGGCCCACCUGCUCGGCGCCCUGCGAUGGAGGCGUCCAGACACUCGGGCACAGCUUCUCUGCCUCAGCUCCUGGGGGCCCCGGGUGCCAGGGACCCCACAGACAGACCAGGGACUGCAACAUGCAGCCCUGCACAGCCCAGUGCCCAGGCGACAUGGUGUUCCGCUCAGCUGAGCAGUGCCACCAGGAGGGGGGCCCACGCCCUCGGCUGUGCCUGGCGCAGGGCCCUGGGGUGGAGUGCACCAGCGUCUGCACCCCUGGCUGCACCUGUCCCCCUGGCCUCUUCCUGCACGACGCCAGCUGCCUGCCCCUGAGUCAGUGCCCCUGCCAGCUGUGCGGGCAGCUCUAUGCACCUGGAGCAGUGGCCCAGCUGGGCUCCUGCAAUAACUGCACCCGUAUCUCUGGUGAGAUGGUGUGCACCUCGGAGCCCUGCCCAGUCGCCUGUGGCUAGAGCCCCUGGACCCCGUGGAGUCUCUAGCGCAGCUGCAACGUGGGUGUCCGGCGGCACUUCCGGGCAGGCACUGCGCCCCCUGCUGCCUUCGGGGGGACUGCGUGCCAGGGUCCCAACAUGGAGGCUGAAUUCUGCGGCCUGGGGCCAUGUGGAUGUCCCGGUGGGGAGUGGGGCCCCUGGUCUCCGUGCUCCGUGCCCUGCGGGGGUGGCUACCGGAAUUGCACCCGAGGGAGCGGUGGGCCCAGCCCCGUGGACUUCUCCACCUGUAGCCUGCAGCCCUGUGCAGAUGAGGGGCCAGUGCCUGCUGUGUGUCCCCCGGGCAAGCAGUGGCUGGACUGUGCACAGGGCCCUGCUUCCUGUGCAGAGCUCAGUGCCCCGAGAGGGACUGACCAGCCCUGCCGCCCUGGCUGCUGCUGCACGUCCGGGACGCUUCUUCUGGAGCGCUCCUGUGUGCCGACUGCCUCACGGCUGCAGGGGCUGGGAGCUGCCGGCGCUGACCCGGGGGCUCAGCUGUCCAUUCUGGGAGAGGGGGGUCAGCCCCUUGGGCCUGGAGAUGAGUUGGGCUCAGGUCAGACCCUCCAUACAGGCUGCAGCAACCGCUCCUGUGCACACGGGAAGCUGUCCUGCUCCGUGGGUCACUGCUCCAAGGCUGGGCUUGGCUUUGGCCCCUGGGGCCCGUGGGGCCCCUGCUUCCGCUCCUGUGGCGCUGGCACCCGCACCUGCAACUGCCACUGUGCACGCCCCACGCCCACUCCCGGUGGCCAGCACUGCCGUGGGCCCCGCCAGGACCUCGAGUACCGCCUCCGCCCAGACUGCCCAGGGACUGCAGGGUCCACGGUGGAACCAGUGACAGGCCUUCCAGGUGGCUGGGGCCUGUGGUCCCCGUGGUCCCCCUGCUCCAGCAGCUGCACAGACCCCGCUCACCCUGCUUGGUGCAGCCGCACCCGCCUCUGCCUGGCGAACUGCGCCGGGGGGGCCUCCUCCCAGGAGCGCCCUUGCAACCUGCCCUCCUGCACAGAGCUGCCCCUGUGCCCUGGCCCUGGCUGCGUGGCCGGGAGCUGUUCCUGGACUGCCUGGGCCCCGUGGGAACCUUGCUCCCGCAGACGUGGGCUGGGCCAGCAGUGCCGCAUGCAGGCCUACCAUCCCCCAGGGCCCGGCGGGCACUGAGGCCCCGACAUCCUUACGGCCUACCAGGAGCGCCGCUUCUGCAACCUGCGAGCUUGCCCAGUGCCUGGAGGCAGGUCACGCUGGAGCCCCUGGUCCUGGUGUGACCGGAGCUGCGGAGGGGGCCGGUCCCUGAGGAGCCGCAGCUGCUCGAGCCCCCCACCCAAGAACGGGGGUGCCCCCUGUGUUGGGGAGAGGCACCACGCAUGGCUCUGCAAUCCCACGGCCCUGUGGUAUGACACUGGGUCUCCCCAGGGUCCCAUGUUUCCAUGGGCACCAACCCGGAGGAAGGACGGGUUGUACAGCUUCACGGAGAGGAGGGCCGCCCAGCAGGCAUGGAGGUGGUCGACCGUGCCAGCCGCUGCCCCGCCGCUGCUCAGACCUCCAGGAGAGGAUCGCGUGUCAGGACGACCAGGCCGAGGGGGCACCCCCUGCCUGGGCCCCAGCACCCAGACCCAGCGCUGUGGGCAGCAGCCUUGCCUGGGGCCGCUGGACGCCUGCUCCUGGGGCCCUUGGGGGCCCUGCUCCCGCAGCUGAGGCCCAGGCCUGGCCUCCCGCUCUGGGUCCCGCCCCUGCCCGCUGGCCAAGGCCGACCCCACCUGCCUGCUCCACAGGCCCUGCCUGGUUUGGUCUCUAGAGGAGUGCGUGUGGAGCAGCUGGACGCGAUACUCACGCCAGGUGCCGGUCCAGCAGCGCUACCGACCCCAGGGCCCACCGCCCGCAGGGGGCCCCUGCACACGACUGGACGGCCACUUCCGGCCUCGCCUCAUCAGCAACUGCUCUGGGGCUGCUGGCGCAGGCUGGAGGCCGCAUUCCCCCGGAGCGGUGGAGCUGCCAGCACAUCUCAGGAGAAGGAGCUGUGCCGACCUCUGGGACCGCGUGCAGUGUCUGCAGGGACGGUGCCACCCAGGCUGCCGCUGUCCCCCUGGCCAGCUGGUACAGGAUGCGCGCCGUGUGCCCAUGUCUUCUUGCCGCUGUGGCCUCCCCAGCCCCAGUGCUUCAUGGGUGCUGGCUCCGUCCGAGCGGGGGGGUCUGGACUGCAAAAACUGCCCCUGUGUUGACGGGUCCCUGGUGUGCCGCCCCCAUGAGUGUCCAGCCCUCGGGCCUUGGGCAGCCUGGGGCAGCUGCUCUGCUCCCUGUGGUGGCGCCACCCAGAGACGUGGGAGCUGCAGGGAAGGUCCUGCGGGGGCACCGUGCCCGGCCCAGGACACGGAGCAACGGCAGGGCUGUGACCUGCAGCCCUGCCCCGGGCGCCCACCUGGCCGGGUGCUCAGCCCCUGUGCAUCCUCGUGCCCGCGCCUCUGCUCGCAUCUGCAGCCUGGCACCCUCUGCAUGCAGGAACCCUGCCAGCUUGGCCGUGACUGCCCUGGAGGCCCCAUCCCUUUGGGCCUGACCGCUCCGCCCUUUGUGAUAGCGCAUCUCCCGCUCAUUUGUCCUCUGGGCGGUGAUUUCUCAAAGCGCUGA